CACAAUCUUACCACAUCACAAUAAACAUUACGCAUGUGCUACAUCUACGAGGUUUUUAGUAAAUAAACGAAUUGUGUUGAAAAAAUUAAAGUUUAUAAUGCACUCGAGCUGUUAGUUUUACUGUAAGUUUCGUUCUUUCUUAAAUUUGUGCAAGUGAAACCAAGCUAUGUUCUCGAAUUUAAAUAAAUCUGCGUUCGGAACCACCAAUACCGCACCAACCUUUGGAUUCGGAAGCACAACAACCAACCAAACGCCAUUUGGGCAAUCACAAUUUUCCGGAAAACCCAACACGGGUGGUUUCGGUCAAUCGGCACCCUUAUUCGGCUCUAAUCCUCAACCAGCUACCGGAACACUUUUUUCAAACCCCACAAUACCUGCCUUUGCAGGAGGCACACAGCAAACUGGUUUCGGUACGGGUUUAUUUGGACAGCAACCGAAUGUCGGCGUUAGUAGCGGCACCAAUGGCUUGUUCACCUCAUCCGCGACGUCGACGUUCGGGCAGCAAAACAAAGCGUCGUUCGGUUUUGCUCCCUCGACGUCGACACUGUUCGGCCAACAGCAACCUCAAAAUUUUCAAGCGGCCGGUACCGGUGGCGUUUUCGGGGGUACAAGUUUCGGCGCAACGCCUCAGGCGGGAACCGUCAUCAAAUUUAAUCCCACCACAGGAACAGAUACCAUGCAGAAAGGCGGUGUUACACAUUCGAUCAAUACCAAACAUCAUUGUAUAACUUGCAUGAAGGAGUACGAGUCGAAAUCUCUUGAGGAGUUACAGUGGGAAGAUUAUCAGGCCAAUCGUAAAGGCCCACAACAACAACAACAAAGCGGAUUUGGAUCAACUUUAUUUGGUACAGCAGCUUCAACCGCUCCUUCCUUAUUUGGACAGACUGACACCGCUAAAGCAGCAUUCGGCCAAACCUCAGCAUUUGGUACAAAUACUUCGGGUUUUAAUUUAGGCAAUCAAGCAGCCCAACCCUCACUGUUUGGUAAAACAAGCACUGGUUUCGGAACUACUCCAACAACAAAUGCCUUUAACUUUAACGCUACCACAUCUACUUUUGGCUCUACUGCUAUAAAUAAAGGGUUUGGUACACAACCUACGGCAAACAUAUUUGGGUCUACUGCUACGACACAACCUUCCAUUAACUUUGGUACAAGCAGUUUAUUCCAAAACACCGCUCCGAAUACAGGUCUCUUUAGCAAGGCGACAACACAACCGGCUUUUAGUACCCAACAACCUUUGUUUAAUUUUAAUCAGCAGCCGACUACCCAAUCUAGUAUUUUCCAAACACCAAAAUCUUCCACUGGAUUUGGUACUUUUGGAACUUCCAAUGUAACAACACCAGCUUUUGGGCAACAAAGUACCCUUUUCUCAUCUCAACCUAAUCAGAAUCCUUUCAAUGUUCAAAAACCAGCCCAAACGACAUUUGGACAACCAUUACAAACAGGAUUUGGACUUGGUACUCAAACCGGAGGCACUUCUCUAUUUGGACAAAAUAAACCUCUCCUAGGAGGAACUACCCAACCCAGUUUCUUUAACACGGCAAAUACCGGUUUCAUGAUGAACCAGCAGCAACCAUUACUGAAUCAAUCGUCGGGAUUUGACUUACAACCGACGCAAGAUUUUUACGAACAUGUCCAGCAAAUAUACGGACCGUUCCAGCACCACGACUUUUUGGUGGAUGCGCUUAAGAGUAAAGCUCACAAUACCACCGAUCCGAAAGCGUUAAAGGAAAUUCUGGAUCAAGCGCCAAUGCCUUUGACAAAUAUAGAAAAGAACACUAGCAAAUACAGGACGAUAAUUAAACCGAAAUCGAUGUUCUCUUCGUCUAAUAUGGGUGGGAAGUAUGCCUUAUUAGAUGAUGUCAUGGAAAAACCAAUAGUAACUAACUUCUCCACUAAACCUACCGCUGGGAGGCGCCUAAUUUUACGUAAAUCUGUACCUAAAAGUGAACAAGAAGUGUUAGAAGAUUAUAAACGUUUAGGCGAUGGUUUCAACCCAAAAAACUACAAGAGCAUAUUUAGUAUGCAGUUAAACGACACUGACGUUGAGAAAAAUGAUCUCCUGGAAAAAUCCAAGUUGAUGUUCAAACGUGACGGCAUCAAUGGUCCCAUUUUCAAUAAAAAACAGGACACCGAAGUGACGGCGGCUACACCUGUACGAGAGAGUGUCGACAAGAUAAGGGCUAAACAACUUCCGUUAGAUGUCAGUAAUUAUUUAAAUGCUACUGAUAACGAUAUCUCUGCCAUAUCCAAGGAAUCUGAUCAUCUUCAACGUGACAAUUCUUAUGGUGAUCGAACUCGUAGUAUUUUACAAGACGAAACAUCACCCAAAGAUAAGGUCAGUAAGACGGUGCGCUUUCAAGAUAACGAGGUGAGUUCGAGUUCAGAUUCUUCCACUAGAGAUGCCUCAACAAAUACUGCAAAUGAUAAUACCGUGGGGGAAGAAGAAAAGGAAAACAAUAACGCGAUAAUUUCUACUCAUUUAAGUUGUGGAGUAAAACUUACUCGUCCAGAGUACUACACUAAACCUCCUCUCAAUGAGUUGCACAAGUACAAAAAUGAAAAAGGAGAAUGCAUCGUCAAAGGGUUUACCAUUGGGCAUAACCGUUUUGGCAGUGUCUAUUUUCCAGAUGCUAUGGACGUUUCUAAUUUAAAUUUAGACGAAAUUGUUGACAUAGACCACAGGGAUAUUACAGUUUAUGCCGAUGAUGACAAGAAACCUCCGAUUGGGCAAGGUUUAAACCGACGCGCACAAAUUACAAUGGAAAAUGUGUGGCCUCGUGAUAAACAUACCCAGAAGCCGGUUUACAACGUUGAAGAGAUAGCAAAAACCAAUUUCAUUGAUAGACUUCGUUUGCUGUCUAAAAAACAAAACACAACAUUCUUAGAUUAUCGUCCUGAGACAGGUACCUGGAAGUUCACUGUUGAUCAUUUCUCUAAAUAUUGUUACGAAGAAAGUGAUUGUAAGAAGUCAUCAAUAAUUAUUUAAUUUGUUCUAGGUAAAAAAUUGUUCGUAAUUUAAUUUAGCGUACUUAUACAAUAAACUGUUAAGCAAAGUAUUUUGAUAUUGUUGAAUCUAUGUUAAAAUUCAAAAUAGUGAGGAAUUUUAUUGUGAUUUUAACUUUAUUUGUUUUUUUU